AUGUACUUUUUGGGCUUGACUGCCUUGUCUUUGCUCUGGGCUACCGGUGCCCAGGCAGCCGGACGUCGACCUCUUCCACCUCCUGCUGUUGCUGCGACGACAGCUACGUACGGUCAAUCCACUUUUGAGCAGCUCAUUGAUCACAAAAAUCCGAGCCUCGGAACCUUUUCUCAGCAGUACUGGUGGAACUCCGAAUGGUGGGAGGGAGAGGGCUCACCGGUCGUACUCUUCACUCCUGGCGAGGAAGCGGCCGCUGGGUAUACCGGCUACUUGACAAACAAGACCCUUACCGGUGUUUUUGCCCAAGAAGUCAAAGGCGCAGUGAUUCUAAUUGAGCACCGGUACUGGGGCAACUCAUCUCCGUACAGUGAUUUGACAACAGAGAACCUGCAGUACCUGACUUUGGAAAAUGCCAUUGCUGAUCUCACCUACUUCGCCAAGAAUGUGGAUCUUCCUUUUGAUACGAACAGCAGCAGCAACCCUCAGAAUGCCCCUUGGGUCCUGAGUGGAGGAUCUUAUAGUGGAGCUCUGACUGCCUGGACUGAGUCAGUCUCUCCCGGUACCUUUUGGGCAUAUCAUUCCACCAGUGCCCCCGUUGAGGCAAUCUAUGACUACUGGCAAUACUUUGUUCCUAUUCAAGAGGGAAUGGCAAAGAAUUGCAGUAAGGAUGUUGAGCGCGUGGUGAACCACAUCGACAGUGUCUACGCAUCCGGAAAUGAAAAGAAGAUACAGAAUCUGAAAGACAUGUUCGGACUUGGUGAUUUGGAGUUUGAUGACUUUGCUGCUGCCCUUGAGAACGGGCCUUGGCUGUGGCAAUCCAACUCCUUCUACACAGGAUAUUCCUCUUUCUUUGAAUUUUGCGACUACGUUGAGAAUGUCGAGGCGGGUGCGGCCAAGGUCCCUGGAGCCGACGGAGUUGGCCUUGAAAAGGCACUCAAGGGAUAUUCCAAGUGGUUCAAAGAGAUUUAUUUCCCAGGAUCGUGUGCUGGAUACGGCUACUGGACUGACAACGACACCACUGCUUGUUUCGACACCUACAACGCAUCAAGCCCCUUAUUUACCGAUACAUCAGUGGACAACACCAUCGAUAGACAGUGGCAGUGGCUUCUUUGCAACGAGCCCUUUUUCUACUGGCAAGAUGGCGCACCGUCUGGCGUUCCCUCUAUCGUCUCCCGGACUGUGAACGGCGCUUAUUGGCAGCGACAAUGCCCCCUUUACUUCCCCGAGGUCAAUGGCUACACCUAUGGUAGUGCCGAGGGCAAGUCUGCAGUUGAAGUUAAUGCAUGGACCAAGGGCUGGGAUUUGACCGACACCACUCGACUAAUCUGGGCCAACGGACAAUUCGAUCCCUGGAGAGAAUCUGGAGUUUCGUCUAGCUUCCGCCCCGGUGGACCUCUUGAGUCGCGGCCUUCGGCCCCUUUGAACAUCAUUCCUGGUGGUUUCCAUUGCUCUGACCUUCUUGUGAAGAAUGGUCAAGUGAAUGAGGGUGUCCAGAAAGUCAUCGAUGCUGAGGUCGCGCAGAUCAAAACUUGGGUGGCUGAGUACUAUAAAUGA